AUGCAAAGUUCCCAAAUUAAACGAAAAUUUAACAGUUUACCUUUAAAUCAUCAAAGUAUUUUUCAAAUACUUAAUUUAGAAAAUGAUAAAACUGAUGAUGAAAGUGAAACUUUUGAAAGUGAAGAAUUACAAGUAUUUUUAAAUAUAUCUAAAGAGUUGGUCUCUGGUGGAGCAACAGGAGCAGAAAAUUAUUUUGGAGAAUUUUUACCACCAAUAAAAUUGAAUAUUAUAUUAUUAGAUGGUCUUUUAAAUUUGCUGAUUGAUUAUUACAAUCGUGCUUACAAGUACAACUUCAGCCGACCACAAUUAGAUUCUUCUUUAUCAAAUGAAAAUUAUGUUGCUGUUACUGGAAAA